AAAAGUGUUUCUUGAUUCUUGUUUUCGUUUUCACCUCCUUGGUUUUUCAAUUUGACAAAUUUUUUAAGCUCUCUUCUAACUCUGGCCGAUGUAUGUGUGUGGUGAAUUCCUACAUAUUGGACAUUGUUAGGCUAUUAUUAACCAGCUCGGAGCAGUAAAAAUGCCGCGGAAAGGUGUACAGUAUGUGCAAAAUGAGGAGCCGUCAUUCAUUAGACAGUUCAAGGAGAAAGUAGGUCACAAAGAUGGACCUGAUGUCAACACAAAACGUCAAAUUCCAAAUUUCAGUGAUGAUGAGGAUGAAGAAAAUGUUGAAGAGAAAGAGGAUGAAAAGCCUAUGGUCGUUGUUCUGAAAGAGGGGGAUCUUACAGCUGAGGAAGCAACAUCUGAACUAAAACAAAUAGAUGAAGGGCCCGCUCGUCUAGAUGAGAAGAUCACAUUCAAGAAACCAGUCAAAAGAACGAAAGAGGCAGCACAAGAUGAUGAGGAAGAGGGGAAGACAGAGGACAUUAAGAAGAAGAAGCCGUCUAAAGAUUCUAAAAAGAAAAAAGAAAACAAAUCAUUGUUGUCAUUUGGUGAUGAUGAGGAAGAAGAUGAUUGAAUUUUGUGUGUGUGUGUCUGAUAUAGUUGAAGAUGAAGUGUGUGCAUUGCAUCUUAAGC